ACAUACCUACUUAGGUACUGGAAUGCUAGUGCUAGACCAUGCCAAAGAAACAGUAAACAAACUUGCCCAGACAGAUUCUCAACCUUCUUCACUUUUGACAUGGUCUGUCCUUUUCUGUUUUUAACAGCUGUAUUCUGUUUAACCUGUGGCCUACUCACAUGGGAUUGGAAAAAGAAAAGAAGAUUUUUCCCUCAUCAUUCGUCUAAUAGAAAUUCAGAAACUCAGCCAUCUUGUGUCAACAACCCAAUCAUCAAAAACCAAACCAAACCAAAGAAUAAAAAUGGCGCCAAACCCUUUUGGAGAAGAAAUCAAAAAUUUCUGAAGGCAGAGAAAAUAGAACCAAAGAAUAUAAGCAGUAUUGAACUAAAACCGAUCCAACGAAAUUCAGCUCCCGCCAGAUAUCUUCCAAGAUCUCCUCCUUCUCCUUGUAGACCUAAUUCUCCUCCUCCCUCUCCUCCUUCUGGCCUGGUUCAACUCAAAUUAAACUCAGGGCUUCAAGCCCCGCGUCAGCCGCCCCGUUUAGACUAAAAUCUAUAUCCAGCAGUGUGUCUAGUCCGACUAGAUUAAAAGGAAACGAGUAUUCUAGUCGAAACUUGUCAAAUCAAAAAAGUAAACAAUGGAGAACAGUGGAAACUGAAAAG